GCUCUGUGAGUAGGCGACAAGGCAGAGGGCGUAUAGGCAUGGCAGAGGUAGUGAGUGCCGAGGACGUGGCGCGGCUGAAGGACAUCUUCAAGCAGCUGGACAACGAUGGGUCCGGGACUCUCGAGCAUGACGAGCUCGGCGCAGCCAUGGCAUUGUUCGGCCAUCCGCUGAGUGGCGACGACUUGAAGGCGUUGAUGGCGGCUAUUGAUGCCGAUGGCUCAGGUAGUGUUGACUUUGAUGAGUUUGUGGCGGGACUGGGCCCGUUUCUGCUCCAGCUUGCGGCGCAGCAUGCCGAGACGGCGGCUUCCGAGACCGACAACGCGCUAAGCUCGGACGAGAUCGCCCACCUCAUCCAGGUCUUCCACGCUAUCGACGUGGAUGGCUCUGGCAGUGUCGAUUGCGACGAGUUUGCGGUCCUGCUGCGACAGAUGGAGCUACCAGCAGACUCGGAGACGGUCGAGUCCAUCUUUGUGGCCGCUGUUGGUGCGCCCGACGCGCACAUGUCCGAGGCCGUCUUUCUUGCCACGCUCGCGCCGCUGGUAGUGGCCAAGCGGAGCAAGUCGGGCAACCGUGAAAAGAAGGAUCAUCCGGAGAUGAGCGAUGAGCAUUACAAUGAGCUCUGUGCGCUCUUCGAGAGCAUGGACGAGGACGGCUCCGGAGAGGUGGACAUCCACGAGCUGCAGGCCGGGAUGCGAACCGCGUUUGACGCCCUCCUUGACAUGGAGCAGCUGGAGGCGCUCAUGGCUCACAUCGACGAAGACGGCAACGGCCUCAUCUCGCUUGACGAGUUUGUUGCCGGCGUCGGCCCACUCUUCCUGGACAAGCUCGCCUCGGCGCGGUCGGCGGUCGACGCCCGCGCUGCGCAGCUCCGCAUUGUGGCGACCAACGUGGCAAGUGCAGACGUCCAUGUCCGAUCGGCACUCGAGGGCGCGUUUGCGCAUGUCGCAGUGCCAGUCCGGGACCUUGACGCAGCGACUCGUGCCGCGGCCGAGGAGGUGGCGGCUGCGGCCGCCGCGGCUGGCGAGCCCGAAGCGAUGGCCGCCCACGGCCUUGUGCCGCUCGAUGCGCUCAAGGCCAUUUUUGCGGCAGCUGGGACCGAUCUGUCACGUGGCGCGCUGCGGGGCGCGGCCCAGGCCGGAUUCUCGGUUGCGCCGGGGUGGUUCUCGAUUCUCGACGUUUGGCAUGUGGCUGCUGCCGCGACGCCGCUUCUGGCUAGCUCGGCGCCUCCAACACCGCGAAUGGGACGCGGCGGGAAGCCGCACCCGAGCCAGGCCGCAAAUGACGUAGGUGUUCUGGAAACAUUUUCUGACGCGGCCAUGGAUCGGAUUAUGGCGCUCGAGUCGCAGGUUGAGUCGCUCACCGCGAGCCAGGCCAAGGCCGCGGCCGACUACGCGCAGCUGCGGACGACCGCCGAGGAGCGGGCGACCGAGCUGGCUGACAUGCAGGCCCUGGUGCAGAGCCAAGCGGCUAUGCGAGAGGAACUUGCCCACGAAAAGGCCCGCGCCGACGCCGCGGUUGCCCGCCAGAACGAGCUCGCCGACCAGGUCGCCGCACUGGAGAGCUCGGCGUCGGCGUCGGGCGCGUCGACCAGCGAGGCUACCAAGCAGCUCGCUGAGCUGCAGCAGUGGAAGCGGGCAACGCUGCGGUCAAUGGCGUCGCUGCAGGAGGAGCUGGCUAGCGCGCAGCAGGCGGUACUGGAUGUGCAAGCCGAGCUCGAGGCCGAGCGCCGUGCCCACGCCGAGCUGGCAGCUGACCGCGAUGUCGUCUCCAAGCUCAAGGCACAGGUGAAGGACGCCGUGGCUGCGGCAUCGAGUGCCAAGCGUGAGGCCGAGAAGCUCCAGUCCGAGCGCAGCGCACUCGCGCGUAAGAUUAGCGAUCUCGAGGACGAGCUUGGGCACGCGCCCGGACGGACAUCGUCGCUUGGCAGCGGAGGGCGCGGCGAGGCCGUGGCUGACGAGCUCGCAGCGCUCGGUGAGUCGUACUCUGACGUGAUGGGCAACAAGCUCAAGGCUGCGGCGGCCGAGAACGCACAGCUUGUGGCCGACAUUGCGGCAGCCAAGGAUGCCGAGAAGCAGGCCAAGGCAGAAGCGGCUGCUGCGACAGCGGCUGCUGCUGACAUGACGGCCAAGGUCAAGGCCAACGAGGCCGCGGUGGCUGCCGAGCGUGAGCAGCUGGCGAGAAAGGAAGAGGCGUUUGAGACCAUUGUGGAAGGGUUGCAAGCUCAGAUUGACGCGCUCAAGGGGGGGAGCGGACGAAGCACCAGCUCGGAUGGCAACCUUGCCGCGAUGACCGCGGACGAGCUCCGCGAGCUCAACCACUCGCUCAUGGACAACCUUGCUGAGUUUGAAAAGACCAAGACCGAGCUCUCAGCGACCAAACGCAAGCUGGCUGACGUCAAGGGCCGGCUCACGGACGAGCUGGCCGAUGCCACUGCCACCGUCGACGAUUUGCAGGUCCAGCUCGAGUCGGAGCAGAUCAAGGCGGACAAGCUCAAAUCGAAAGUUGCGUCGCUCACCGCCCAGCUGGAGGCGCUGCCGGCGACUGGCGGUGCGGCCGAGUCAGGCACGCUACCGGCGCUCAGCGGAGAAAACGUCAGCGUAGGAGCCGAGGCGGUCGCGAAGCUGGAGGCCGAGCUCACAAGCGCGCGUGAGCAGAUUGCACAAUGGCAGGCAGCGCACGGCAGGGCCGAGGCUAAGCUGGAAAAGUCCAAGGCGAAGCGGGCAGCGGCGGUUAAGGAGGCACAGGCUGCACUCGACGAGUCGUCUCGGCUUGAGGCCGAGAAAAAGGCUGUUGCCGCCGAGCUUGCGGCAGCGCGCGCAGAGCUUGAUGCUGCCGCUGCUAGCGAUGCAAGCUCAGCUAGGACGAGCGGUGAGAGAGGCGCAUUAGACGCGGAAAUGGCGGCGCUGAAGGAAAAGCUGGCUGCGGCGCGCCAGAGCGAAGGAGAAGCCCGGGCUGCGGCGGCGGAUGCCAAGACGCAGGCUGCGAGUGCGGCUGGUGAGUUGGAGAGCGCAGCCGCCGAGAUCGAAGAGUGGAAGUCAUUGGCGGCCAGGGCACAAGGUGAGGCCGGAGCGGCGGCGACCCAGCUGGGGGUGACUGCCGAGAAGCUGGCAGCUGCCGAGGGCAAGAUCGAAGGUCUUGUGGCGGCUGUGGCGGCCGCGCGGGCGGAAGCAGCAGCAGCCAAGGAGCAGAGCGAGACGCGGGUGACUGCCGAGAAGCUGGCGGCUGCCGAGGGCAAGAUCGAAGGUCUUGUGGCGGCUGUGGCGGCCGCGCGGGCGGAAGCAGCAGCAGCUGCCGAGAGCAAAGCGCGGAUCCAGGAGCUGCUGGCGGCGAACAGGGAGCUUGAUGUCAAGCUGCAGUCAGCGCGAGUGGCGUUGACCGAGGCCAACCAGGCGACGGAGCGGGCGCGGCAGGAGACUCGAACAUCGGCGCAGGCACUGGCAGCCAAGACAUUUUCUGAGGCAAGUGAAGCCACGGCGCUGUCCGAGAAGAUCCGCACGUGCGAGGCUCAGCUGGCGGCUACCAAGGAGGCGCUAGAGUUCGAGCGUGCCGAGAGGGCGGCGGUAGACGCCGAGGUUGUCCGACUCGAGAGCCAAGUGGCGUCGAUGAACGCUUCGCACGAGAACGCGCUUGCACUCGAGGAGAUCCUACGCAAGAAGGAUGCCGAGAUUGUGAGCCUGGAAAAGGCGACACGGCGGACGGCCGAGAAGCUGGCGAGAGCCAAGGAGGAGCUGGCAGCCGCGGCCGAUCUGCAGGCGCAGGCGCAGACCGAAAAGUCAAAGCGGCUGGCGCUGAAGGACGUGUAUCAAGCGAGUCAGCGACGGAUUUACGAGCUGGAGGAGGCGUUGCGGCGGGGGAAAGAGCGGAGCGAGGUCAAGGAGACAGAGUUGCUGGAUAGGAGCCGGCGCAAGGUGGAGGAGCUGGUGUACGCUCUGGACGAAUCACGUGCACAGUGCGCAGCCGAGCAAGCACGCCGAGAGGCGAGCAUGAAGGCCUCGUCGCUGCUCGAGUCGCAGGUGUCGACCCUCGAGUCACAGGCCAAAACAGCGAUGGUGCAGGUGGCCGGCGCCAAGGCUGAAGCCAAGGCAGCCGGGGAGCGGGCAGAGGCAGCCGAAGCCACGUUAGCAGCGGCGCAAGCCGAUGCAGCGGCUGCCACCGAGGCCGCCGAAAAAGCCCGGGCCGAGGCUCUGGGCAGUGUCCGCGAUGCACAGCGCGAGGUUGACUUGCUGAGGGCGCAAAUUGUGCGGCAGACUGCAGCUCUGGAGGAGAGUAACGCGCGCGUUAGCCAGUUGGAGGCUGGGAUGGCGAGCGGGGACGCCCAGAUGCAGGCUCGACUUGACGAGUAUCGGUCAGCGCUGAAGGCCGCCGCUGCAGCGGCAGAUGCCGACGCGGCGGAGAUUGCGGAGCUGCGCGCGGUCAAGGACGCGCUGCUGGACAGAGUCGGGCAGGCCAAGGCCAAGCGGGCGGCGCUCAAGGCCAAGUUUGCCGAGUCGCUGGAGGAGCUUGGGGCCAAGGCCGAACUAUUCGACGCGCUUCAGGCCAAGGCCGAGAAGCUCGUGGUCAAGUACACCCAGGAGAAGGAAAAGCGGGUCGCUGUGCUCGGCGAGCUAUCAGGCAAGCAGGCCGAGCUCGAGGCGCUGCAUGCGAGCGUGGGCGAGGCUGUCGAGCGGGAGAAGAAGAAGCGGCA